AUGUACAACCUGAAGCAUCCUUGGACCAAGGCUGUGUACGAUGCAUUCCGCAGCAUGGACGACGGUAACAUGAUGGAAGAGAUGGCUUUCGACGUGGCCUUUGCAAUGAUUACCAUGGACGCCAUGUCUGGGAACAGCAGUGAGUUUGCGGCCGCCUGGGCCGCGGCAGGGGGCAACAGCCAAACCUACAACUGGGAUUCGAUGCUGGUGGGCAACUAUGCCAACACACUUCUGAACAGCAGCUUUGAGUUCCCGACGUACAUCCGCCAUGGCUCCAGCAAGAACCUCUUCGAGAAUCUGGAAGAUGAGCACGUGACCCUCGGCGUGGCGAUGUUCGAUCAUCAGGGGCACUUCAAGGACACCGUGCCCACACACCACCCCUUCAAGAAGAUCCUGACCCUCACCUACUUCCCGCAGCCGAACAUGACUGAGACGGUUGAGGCACCGGUGGGCAAUGUGACCAUGACGACGCAGGCGGCCACAGCCGAGCCUUUCUAUCACCUCUGCGAGACCGCCAAGCUAGUAGACACCAAAUGGUUCGCCCUAACGGACAACUACCACAUCAUCAAGGCCCCGGUGAGCGUUCUGAUGGAUGCU